AUGUCUAGGAAAAGGCCUCCAUCAAGAUUUGCAGAUGCAGCUUUAUUAAUAGUAUCAAAUUAAAAAGAAAGUGAAAUAUAGAAAGACAUAAAAUAGUAAUUAUAUUAAGUUCCUUAAGAAGAGGAAUUAAAUGCUGAUUACGAAGAAUUAAUGAAAGCAUAGAAUUUAAAUAAAUAAUGGUAGUAAAUGAAAUUAGAGGCAGAAUAUUAAGAAUAAGUAAUUUAGAAAAGAAAAUUAUAAAAAAUAGAGGAAGAAUAGAAGAGAUUAGCAACAAAGUUAGAAGAAUUAAUAAAUUAACCAUCAUUUGAUGAAUAUGAAGAAAAAAAUAAAUUAAUAGCUUUGAAAAGAAGAAUAGAACAAGAUUAUAAAGAUGAAGUUGAUAAAUUAAAAGAAUAAUUUUUAUUAGCAAAAGAAUUUGAUGUAGAGAAAAUAGUAAGAAAGAAGAUUGAAAUGGAAAAAUUAAUAGAAGCAUAAAAAAAGAAAAAUGAAGAAUAUGCAAAAAUAUAAUUAGAAUUAGAAGCUAUAAGAGAAGUAGCUGAAAAGAAGGAUAUAAGUUCUAAAAGAAUGCUUGAAAAUGCAUUAAAUAGAAAAGGAAUACCAUAAUAAUUAAUUAGUGAAAGAGAUAAGAUUUUAUUAUCAAAUGCAAUCUUAGAUGAUAGAGAAGAAGAAUAAAGAUAAAGAGAUCGUAUCUAUGAAGAAGUUUAAUAGAAAUUAUAAUAAGAAAAAGAAAAAUAAAAAUUAGAAACUGCUGAAAAAUUAAGAGAAAUAAAUACUAAAAAGUUUGAAUUGAAUGAGUAAUAGGAAAGAAUAUUAAAAGAGAAAGCAUUUCAUAAAGAAUUAUAAAAAAAAGGAUUAGAUUUUUUAACAUAAAUAGAAUUAGGAAAUGCUCCACCUUUAGAAAUACUCAAAAAAAAUAUUAUUAUGGAUGAAGAAAAAUUAGAUGAAUAUAGAUUGAAUUACAAUUUAAAUAAUAUUGCUAAAAAGAAUAAAAGGUAAAUUUUGAGAUCAUUAAAGAUUUUUAUAAGAUGGAGUAAGAAGAAUAGCACAAAUUAAAGAAGAAUAAUCCAAUAUUGACUUUCAAGAUAGACCAUAUAAUGGAGAAAUUAAGUAAUAUCUUAAUACUGUAUAUUAAAUUUCAUUUUAUAUUAGAAAAAUGCUGAGUCUUUAUUUAUAUGUAGAAAAAUUGUAGAUUAUAUUGUAGAUAAUGCAUUAAGAAAAAUUUUGGAAAGAGAAAAUCGUAUGCAUAUGCUUAAAUAAUAAAGAAAAGAUUAUAAUUAAAAAGGCAAAAAUUUAAAGAGAACAUAAAAUUAUCUUAUUGAUAGAGAAUUUUUGGAAGAAGAAGCAGAUAAGAUAUUUGCAAGAGUUAUGAGAAAAGUAUAAAGAGAAGCAGCUAAUGAAAUUGCUAUUGUCAAUCUGUUAGCAUAAUCAGUUGCAUUAAAUAUUAUAGUUAAUUCAGUCAAAUUUGAAAGAAAUACAACUAAUCCUAUUGAUUAAAUUAAAAAAUUGUAUUAUGAUUUAAGAGGAGAAAAUAUGGAAAAAAAUAUUACAGAUUUAAAAUUCAAUUUCAAGAACAAAAAUGAGAUAUAAUGGAAUAAAGUUAAAAAAGGAAAAAAAAAUUAUAAUACUGAUGAAUUAUUAAAAAUUAUGCGUGAAAAAAAAUAAUUAAAAUAAUUAGACAAAGAAGAAGAUAAAAAAGACAUUAAGUAGGAUGAAGAAAUAGAUGAAUCAGAUAUAAAUAUUCUUGAUCCUGAAGAAUUUUAAUGCGUUCCAACUUUGGGAUUAGAGAAAAUUAAAGCUUAUGAAAUAUAAUAUUGGGAAAAGGUGACUUUUGUACAUUAAACAUUUAAAAACCAUUAUAGCAAUAUCAAAGCAAGCAUUACUCAUUUAGUUUUAUCACCUUUUAAAGACAUGUUAAUAAUUGGAAUGUCUAAUGGAGAAGUAGCUCUUUAUGAUACAUCAUCAGGUCCAGCUAUAAUUAGUGGAAUAGUACCAUCCUUUACAAAAUAAAAAAUAACAGAUGUAUAAUUUGGAAUGGAUAAUGUUGGACAUUUAUUAAUUUUGGAUGAAUCUGGAUUGAUAAGAGUAUGUUAUAUGGGAUACAAUUUAAAAGUGAAUAUUCCAAAAGAGUAAUUAAAAGGAAUAGAAUAGUUGCCUGAAGGUUAUCAACCGAUGUUCUAUGUAUAAUAUUUUACUCUAAAUAAUGAUUUUUUGGCUAGAAAUAAGAAAUAAGAUGAGAGAAAGUAGAUAUUAACAUAUAGUAUUUUUCAUCCAUCAAUAACAUUUUCUUGUUUAUAACCUACUUUAAUGGUAGGAAGUAACAAUGGAACAAUAAUGAAAUAUAAUAGUAAUGUUGAUAUGUUUAAUGGAUAAAAUUAUAAAUUCCCAAUUCAUAACAUAUUAAAUACUAGAAUAAUUGUUAAUGAAGAUGAGUAAUUUCCAAAUGAAAACUUUUUAGAUCUAUAAAUAUAAGAAGAACAUGAAGGUAAAAAUCCUCAUGUGUUCAGAGAGUUUUUUGAAAAUCAUAGAUAAGAAAUAGUAUAUAUAGGAUUUUUAGAAGAACCAGAGAAAAUAUUAACAAUAGAUAAAGGAGGGUAUGUUAAUCUAUGGGAAUAUGAUACAGGAUAUUAUGAUUUAAGAAAAAGAUCUUUUAGACCUAAAUCAAAAUAUAAAAUAUAAAUGACUGAAACUCAAUUUACUCCGGAUAGUACUGAAAGAAAGAAGUACUUUCCAGAUGAAAAUACAGAGAAUGAAGUUCAAGAAGGAUAUCAAAAAUAUGCAGAACUAUUUAAUACUCCAGAUGAGUGGAUUAAAUUAUCAGAAAAACCAUUAAAGGAUGGAGUUAAUGAAUUGAUAAUAUGUUAUAAUGAACUACCUUAAGAUGGAGAUACUGAAAUCUUUGAAAUAAUAAGAGUUAAUCAUGGUAUCCUAUUAAAAAUAUACAAUAAUAGCUACAAAAUAAAUGAUUGAAGGAUACACCUAAGAUUACAAAGCAACAGAAAGUGAGGGGUUCAUAGCCUUAGCAAAGCCAUCUUUAGUCAAUAAAUAUAUAUAUUUAGAGAUAAUAAAACCACAUAUAAUAAAUCCAGACAUAUUCUAAAUAGAAUUUUUGGCAAUAAAUACUCAAAAUUUUAAAUUAAAGAAGUUAAGACCUUUUAUAGAAGCUUCAACAGAUAGAGUUGAGUUUGAUAUAGUAGAUAAUUACUAUCCUUUUAUGGUGAGUUAUUUAUUUGUUCAUUUACCUUAAGGAAUUUAUAUAAUAUCUUUAGCAACAGGAACAAUAGUGAAAUAAUUACUUGAGCAUAUUUAACAUGUAAGGGUUUCCUUUCCUUAAAGAGAAUAUAUUCCAAAAAGUAUUCAAGUUAUUGAAAAUGAAGCCAUGUUUUUCACUUAUGAUAAUUGUAAUGGCUGUUGGAAAUUAUAAAUUCAAGAUGAUAAUGAUGAUAAUGAAAGCAUGGCUCUAUAUGAUAAUUAUAGAUUAGAAUAUGAGAAAUUAUUUUUAUAAUGA